AUGGCAACUGACUGGGUGGCUGCCAAUGAUGCUACCAACCCCAUCUGCCCGGACUCCCCCACUGCCUGGGGCUAUGUCAAGUUCGGCAUGAGCCCUAAAUCCCCCAAGGCGCCCACCCCACCAAAAGCGCCCAAGGCCCCCAGCCCACCAAAGGCGCCCAAGCCCCCGAAGGUUCCCAAGGCACCGCAGCUCUCACCGCCACCCCCACUCGGCGGGGGCAACACCUUCCUUGUGGACAACUUCCCCUUCUUCGCGUCCUGCAGUGUCCGUGACACUAACCUGCGGCCGCCGUACCGAGCAUCAACGCCAACAGGGCCCCUGAACGUCACCUCCACCACCGCCACCUACUGCUUCCACCUGGUAGCCACAAAUAGCAGCGGCAGCCCCUGUGCGGGAAUGAGCAUUAACAGACUCGAGUUUAUCGUCAACAGCACUUGUGUCAACGAGGAGCCCAAGGCGCUACGUGCUGCCACCAUCAAUGGUACUUCAGUUUACCCGCUUUUCAGCCCCAAGACCUGGAAGGGCGAGUUGUACGGCAUGAUGACGUUCCGCCGCCUGAGCGAUAUCUUUCCCACCAUCCCCUCUGGCGGCUUGUACAUCUGCUUGGAGCUGGGUAGGACCAGUCGCUGCAGCACGCCGGCAGGGCUGUGCUACGGCCACAGCAGCUGUGUGUUCGCGAUAUCGGACAGGGACUUCACCUGUUGUGCCACGAGCCAAGCGCCGGUCUCAUGA